AUGAAGUUCCCAGGAAUUCCUCCCUUAUGUGUUACUAGCCUUGGGCUUCUCCUCAUGAUAUCCAUUCUACCAACCGGAACUGGGCAAGAACGGAAAGAACCCGGAGAGUUUGUUAAGCAGGACAUUGGCGGGCUGUCUCCGAAGCAUGGUCCAGAUAUUUCAGAUGAUAGUACUGACAACAUCACCAUCUUCACCAGGAUCCUGGACCGCCUAUUGGAUGGCUAUGACAACCGUCUAAGACCUGGACUCGGAGACACUGUCACUGAAGUGAAGACGGACAUCUACGUGACCAGUUUUGGCCCUGUCUCUGACACUGACAUGGAGUACACCAUCGAUGUGUUCUUCCGACAAACCUGGCAUGAUGAGCGUCUCAAAUUUGAUGGGCCCAUGAAGAUCCUCCCACUCAACAAUCUCCUGGCCAGCAAGAUCUGGACCCCAGAUACAUUCUUCCACAAUGGCAAGAAGUCAGUGGCUCAUAACAUGACGACACCCAAUAAAUUGCUGAGGCUUGUGGACAAUGGGACCCUCCUCUACACAAUGAGGUUGACCAUUCAUGCUGAAUGUCCCAUGCACUUGGAAGACUUCCCCAUGGAUGUACACGCCUGCCCACUGAAGUUUGGAAGCUAUGCCUACACAAAGGCCGAAGUGAUCUAUUCCUGGACCCUUGGAAAAAACAAAUCUGUGGAAGUGGCCCAGGAUGGCUCUCGCCUGAAUCAGUAUGACCUGCUGGGGCAUGUUGUUGGAACUGAGAUCAUCAGAUCUAGUACAGGAGAAUAUGUCGUCAUGACAACCUACUUCCACCUUAAACGCAAGAUUGGUUACUUUGUGAUACAGACCUACCUACCCUGCAUCAUGACGGUCAUCCUGUCCCAGGUUUCUUUUUGGCUUAACCGAGAAUCUGUCCCUGCCCGUACAGUCUUUGGGGUCACCACUGUCCUCACCAUGACCACCCUGAGCAUCAGUGCCAGAAACUCUUUACCUAAGGUGGCGUACGCGACGGCCAUGGACUGGUUCAUAGCCGUCUGUUAUGCCUUUGUGUUUUCUGCGCUGAUUGAAUUUGCUACUGUCAACUACUUCACCAAACGGAGCUGGGCUUGGGAUGGCAAGAAGGUGAUAGAGUCCCAGGAACAGAAGAAAAAAGAGCCGAUGACCUUGGCCAAGAAAGCAAACAACACCUACAACAUCGUGGGGACCACCUAUGCUCUCAACAUUGCCAAGGACCCUGGCCUCUCCACCAUCUCCAAGAGUGCUGCAGCCAGUGCUACCGCGUCAGGGGCAGCUGUCUCCCCACCCAAGACGCCCCAUGUCGUGGAGAGUCCCCCUGAAACCAAGAAGACCUACAACAGUGUCAGCAAGGUAGACAAGAUCUCCCGCAUCAUCUUUCCUGUGCUCUUUGCCAUCUUUAAUCUGGUCUACUGGGCCACGUAUGUCAACCGGGAGUCAGCCAUCAAGGGCAUGAUCCGGAAACAGUAA